AUGGUCAGUCCUCUAAGCACACCUGCCAUCCUUGAGAAUCCACGCUCAAAACGCCAUGACACCACUAUCUUUGUGGAAAGGCUUCAAAACCGCUCCUCUUCGUCCGUGGUGCCAACCUCGAACCCACCGACCCUGACUCCAGCAGUACCAAAUCCGGAAGCCCGUCCAAAGAAAAGCUCAAGACGUUGUGUCCCUCCUCCUCCAGAAAGUGUACCCACUGGGACAGGGACUCCUCUGGUCACGCUGUUGGCUCUGCAGAAGAACACGAUGAUUCUGCUACAGACCAUGGUCUUCCUAUUAAUCGUUCUUCAACCUCGGCAACUGCUCCAGCUCCUACCCCUGCUGACCCUAUUGGCCCUCUUCGUGAACCGGAUCAUGAACCACCUGCUCAUCCCUGUGUCCAAGCUUCUUCGUGUGACGCUGGAAGAUUUCAUCUCCAAUGUUAGUGACCACAUCUCGGUAACCUGGGAUGUUCAGAUCGACCCUGACAAGUUGGAUCUUCGAUGGCACGAUAGCUCGGGUGACACUUUCGUCCUGCGCAACACCAACCUCUGUCACUUACUUCAUAUGCAUCGACCUCAAUGGUGUCAACAUCAGGACACGGGCAAUUUGUUUCCUCCCAGACCUUUCGCUGAUUUCAACGAGCUGUGCAUCAUUCUAGCUUCCCCGCGGGAUCUUCGCAUGGCUUCGGAGCACGAGACGGAUGACCCUGCAGGCAACGAGUCCAUUUUAUCGGCCUUGAACACGGCAUCACCGGUCUCGCCAGACCUGUCACCUUUGAGUUCUGAGUCUCUGAACCAUGAUGGUUUCGCCCACCUGGCAGCACACCUGGCAAUCCUGGCGAACGUUCUUGCCCAAGAUCGUGCAGCGUCUUCUGAAAUUCCCGAUGACAACAGCACAUAG